AUGAGUUACAGAACAAGGUUUGGAAAAGAUAAUAGCGCUUGUGAUAGUGGAAAUGCUGUUGAAGGUUCUGGUUCAAGUAAAGGACCCAAUGAAGUAUCAAAUGAUUUUGAUCAUGAAAUUGCUCAACUCACUAAGCAUAGAUCAAGACCCCAUCAGCUUUUGAGCCAGGACAUGCCUGGAAAGUCGAGGUUACUGGUUUCAACAAUGAAAAUGUUGGUUGGUCGUGAAAGUAAUCAUUCAGGACGUGGGAGAUUCUCGUCUGCUGACGGUUGCCAUGUUUUGAGCCGGUAUCUGCCCAUCAAUGGUCCUUGGGGGGUGGACCAGUCAACAAGUCCUGCUUAUGUUUCUCAAUUUUCAAAUGAUGGUUUGUUUUUUGUUGCUGGAUUUCAGGGCGGCCAUAUUAGAAUAUAUAAUGUUGAUAAGGGAUGGAAAGUUCAGAAGGACAUCCUAACCAAAAGCUUGAGAUGGACAAUUACUGAUACAUCUCUAUCUCCAGAUCAACGUUAUCUUGUUUAUGCUAGCAUGACACCCAUUGUCAAUAUUGUCAAUGUUGGAUCUUCUAUGACAGAGUCACUUGCAAAUGUUACGGAAAUUCAUGAAGGUCUGGAUUUUUCUGUUGGUGGUGAUGAGGACGAAUUUGGAAUUUUCUCAGUUAGAUUUUCAACUGAUGGGCGAGAGCUUGUAGCUGCAAGUAGUGAUGCUUCAAUAUAUGUUUAUGAUCUCCAAGCAAAUAAAGUUAACCUCCGAAUACCAGCACACUCGUCUGAUGUAAACACUGUAUGCUUUGCGGAUGAGACUGGACAUCUCAUAUAUUCUGGCAGUGACGAUAAUCUCUGUAAGGUUUGGGAUAGACGCUGCUUAAUCACAAAAGGACAAGCAGCUGGGGUCCUGAUGGGACAUCUUGAAGGUGUUACAUUUAUUGAUAGUAGGGGAGAUGGGCGUUACUUCAUAUCAAAUGGGAAGGACCAGACUACCAAACUCUGGGAUAUAAGAAGGAUGUCCUCUAGAGCCAUGUACCCAAGGCUUAGAGAUCAUGACUGGGAUUACAGAUGGAUGGAGUACCCAGCUCAUGCAAAAACUUUGAAACAUCCAAAUGAUCAGUCACUGGCUACAUAUAGAGGUCAUGGAGUCCUGCGUACUUUAAUUCGCUGUUACCUUUCUCCAGCAUAUAGUACUGGACAAAAGUACAUCUACACUGGAUCUAGUGAUCAUUGUGUCUAUAUAUAUGAUCUGGUGACCGGUGCUCAAGUUGCGAGACUCAACCAUCACGAAGGACCUGUAAGAGACUGUAGUUGGCAUCCUCUCUAUCCGAUGUUGGUCAGCUCUUCUUGGGAUGGGACGAUUGCCAGAUGGGAAUUUCCUGGGGAUGACCAAGUACCCACCCUGGAGAGGCCGAGAGCGCGCCGGAGGAGAGGCUACUAUAACUAUUGA